GACGUUAAGCUUCGUUGCGAGCUUCGGCUAAGCUUCUAUAAUCAAACGCACUAGAAAUUGCAAUUGAAUUUUGAAACCCUAAAAAUUCGAUAAGGGAAGAAAGAAACACACAAACAUGGGACUUAGAUUCCGCAAUCUGAAUCCCAUUUACAGAGCCUGCAUUGCCAGACUCUCAUCAUCUUCGCAAAAUCGGACAACGGCAAAGAAAUCUCUGAAUCUCUAUCCAAAAGAGAGUAUUUUUAUUUUCUCGGAGAAUCCUGCGUUCAGAAUCCCCAGAAGAGAGCAUUUUGGUCAUUCUCAUCACGACCACGAUCACCACCACCACUUAUCUCAGGAUCUUAAGGAGGAGGGGGAGAAUAUUUUCCGGUUGGGUCUCGCUGCCGACAUUGGGUUAGCCACUGGAAAAGCCUUCACUGGCUAUGUCUCCGGGAGCACUGCAAUCAUCGCGGAUGCAGCUCAUUCCAUUUCUGAUGUGGUUCUGAGUGGCAUAGCUUUGUUAUCUUUUAGACUUGCCAAGGCGCCUAGAGAUAAAGAACAUCCAUAUGGACAUGGAAAGUUCGAGACUUUGGGAGCUCUGGGAAUCUCUUGUAUGCUUUUGGGAACAGCAGGUGGCAUUGCAUGGCAUGCGGUUGAUAUUUUGAUGGGAGUGUUCUCAUCUGGCCCUGAAAUGGUUAGCCAUGCAGUGGCACAUGAACAUGUGCAUAGUCACGGACAUGGUGGACAUCACCAUGGCAUCGACAUGGAACAUCCUAUCCUUGCUUUGAAUAUGACUAUUCUGUCAAUAUGUGUUAAAGAAGGGCUUUACUGGAUCACAAAACGAGCUGGUGAGAAGCAGGGUAGUGGACUGAUGAAAGCAAAUGCAUGGCAUCAUCGAGCAGACGCUAUUUCAUCAGUAGUUGCUCUCAUUGGAGUUGGAGGGUCUAUUCUUGGAGUGAAGUUUCUAGAUCCCCUUGCAGGACUGCUUGUGUCAGGCAUGAUUUUAAAAGCUGGGGCUGAAACUGGUUACCAAAGUAUCUUGGAAUUGGUGGAUGCUGCAAUCCCAGCACAGCAUUUGGAUCCUAUUAAACAAACAAUAUUGCAAGUUGAUGGCGUCAAGGGGUGUCAUCGCUUAAGAGGAAGGAGAGCUGGCUCAUAUCUAUAUCUUGAUGUACAUAUUGAGGUUGAUCCUUUUUCUAGUGUUAGUGCUGCACAUAACAUUGGUGAAAAUGUCCGAAAACGAAUUCACAAGUCCCAUCCAACUGUGGCUGAAAUCUUCAUACACAUAGAUCCUGCAAUGUCAUGUCUUUCUCCCAGCACAACAGAUCAACAAGAAGAUUCUUGGAGUGAAGACAAGGAACAUGGAAGUAUUGCUUCUGCUGAGGAUAAUAACAUUGAAGGAAUUGUUUCUGAUAUAAUCUCAUCGAAUUUCCCACAGAUUUCAGUUGAGCGCGUAACACGGCACAUGUUUCAAGGCAAGAUCGUCCUUCAAAUCGAGGUUUCCAUGCCCCCUGAAAUCCAAAUUCGAGAUGCAAUGGAAAUAGCAAAACAAGCAGAAAGAGAGGUUUUGAAAGCUGUCUCGAGUGUUAUUCAUGUUGGCAUUCAGCUACGUUUGGGGCAACCAUUUUCACAUAUUAGCCAUGGUUAGAAGUUAAGACACAUUCAAGAAAAUUGGAGAGAAAAAUUCUUGCAUUUUGGUAUGCACAAGGUUAAGCUGAUUAACAUUAAAAAAUUGUUUUUUUUUUAAGUAUUAUUCUAUAGCCAAUAUUUUGGAAGCGGGUUCAAUAGUUGCGGAAAAUUCAAUAAUUUAUUUAUGAUGAGAAGUUAUGUUACCAUGACAACAACAGAACACACUGCAGAGUUUCCUUGAAGCCAUGUAACACUACUGAAUGAAUGUAGUUAAACAAUUACAGAUCUCUCUUUGAGAA